GGGCGAGGAGUCUCCUGCCGGGUCCGCCUAAGCGAGGGCUGGGCUAAGAUGGCGGCGCCCGUCCUGCUGCGAGUCUCGGUGCCGCGCUGGGAGCGGGUGGCCCGCUACGUCGUGUGCCUGGCGGGAAUUGUGCUUUCGCUCUACGCCUGCCACCUGGAGCGUGAGAAGGGUCGCGACCUCCAAUACCGGGCGCUCUGCGACCUCAGCGAGCGUGUCCGGUGCUCCUCUGCCAUCGCCUCCAGAUGGGGCCGAGGAUUUGGCCUAUUAGGCUCCAUUUUUGGAAAAGACAGUGCAAUAAAUCAACCAAACAGCGUUUUCGGUCUUGUAUUCUAUAUACUGCAAAUGUUACUUGGUAUGACAGCAAGUGCAGUAGCAGCAUUGGUCCUCAUGAUGUCCUCCAUAGUGUCAGUAAUAGGAUCUUUGUACCUAGCUUAUAUUCUGUACUUUGUGCUGAAGGAAUUCUGCAUUGUCUGUGUCAUCACAUACUUGCUGAACUUCAUUCUCUUGAUCAUCAACUACAAACGACUAGUAUACUUGAACGAGGCCUGGAAACGGCAACUCCCACCCAAACAGGAUUAAAUCCUUUGCAAACUUUGGACUGACGGUUUGAAGGCCCGGCUUCCAUUUACGUUUAUUUCACAGUAAAAAGAAAAUCUUUUUUAAUUAUUAUUCAUAUCACAUGCUUUCACCAGGAAUCAUAACUAAUUUAAUUAGAGUGAAUCAAAGGAAAGGGGUCCUGGGUAACUUCUCUGCUAAAUAGCUAUGGUGAGGAACUGUUGGAGAAAGUCUUAACCUGAUCAGAGACAAGCUUUAACUCUACUUUGAAGGAGUUCACAGAGGCAAAUUCUUUACUCCUUCUUUACCCCUUCCCCAAAUAUUCCAAAUAGAUAAUACUUGCUAGGAAGUCUCCCAUCUUGGUGUGAAUUCAGUUGAGGUGCGGGAGUCUUAACUGGGAGAUCGUGAUAACGUUCUAGACUUUAUAGGUACCGUAGGGAAAUGUGGCCAUGUUUACAUUAUGUGUAUUGAUAGCCAAGGGGAUUUUACCCACAUAGGUGCAACUAGGACACUUACCACAACUUGGUGCAUAGUGGUUGGAAGGGCUGGCUGUGUCCUGGCAAAGAAAGAAGUUCAGCACAGCUCAGUCAAGUGUUGACUAGAAGCAUAGCAACUUUGAAGAAUUGUCCAUUGUCUCGUUAGGAGAUUUUUUAAAAAUGAAAUUGAAAUUAGUUCAUUUCCCUGGAGAAGAUGUGCAGCAAAAGAUCUUUGCUGAGAUGCCUUUUUUCCCUGGAUAUGUCUAAAGAAAACGGAAUUCAAUAGUAUUUUUAAAAAAAUGAACUAGUUGGGUUUCCGUGCAACAUCCAGACUGUUUGCUGUGAAUGGCAAAGAUCUUUGAGGAUGCUUAACGGGGGGAAUAGGGCAUCUUGAGGUGCCCAGACCUCAUCAGUAGAAAGCCUGUAUAAAUGGAGUUCCAAGGGCAGAAUUGGCUGUGUACUUCAAAGGGAUGUCGGACAGCCAAAUAGUGUUACUGAUUUCAUUAUAAUGUUUCUAGCUGCUGUAUAGAAUUACAACUUGACACUGGAUCCCAGUGACCCACUGGUAGAUGAAUGCACUGAAGAAUUAGGAUGCAGUCCCUUAGUGAGAUCUUUUGUACAUAAGUUCCACUGAAGUGAAGAGGGAUUGUAUAAAGAAAUGUCAAUGGGGGGCACUUUAAUGCUCCUGAGGAAUUCCCCUUCCUUUAUUGAGGCUUGUAUAGGAAACCCAAAUUAUGGACAUAAAUAGAUUUAUACCUGUAGAGCAGUGUUUCUCAACCUUGGCAACUGUAAGAUGUGUGGACUUCAACUCCCAGAAUUCCCCAGCCAGCCAUGGUGGCUGGGGAAUUCUGGGAGUUGAAGUCCACAUAUCCUAAAGUCGCCAUGGUUGAGAAACACUGCUGUAAAGACAAAGCAAUUCCCAAUUCCUACAUACAAAUUUGGCAUAAGGUUUAGGAAGAUGUCCGUUGACUCCCCCUACCCCAUGGGGAGAUCUACAGUUAGGGUAAAGGAAAUAGAUGGUAAACAAAAUUGGCCCCAAGAUUCAGUCAUGGUUCUCCGUGAAAAAGUAAGUUGAACUAACUUCCCAUUCGUAUCAUAUUGUCCUAAAAUGCAGUGUUUUUUAAAAGUGCCUUCUGUCUUACAAACCAAAUAUUGGGGGUGUUUGAAAUUGCCAGGCAGAAGGGUUCUUGGGUAUAUGUAAUGCUGUUGAUGAAUCAGACCUUUGCAGAAAGUGAUCCCUCGGGGCUUCCCUGAUGCCGAGGCAUGCUCGCAUCAUAAACAGUUCCUUGUAGGACAUGCCCGGAGUUGGGGGCUAUUUUUAGGAGGCAGGGUGCUGCAUCUCUGUCAAUGGGCCACGGCUGAUUGGACAACUGAGCUCUGCAGCCCAUGCUGGCUUCUGCUUUCCCUGCUGGAGUAUUUCAGAGAGACAAGCUGGUUGUCUUUUUGCGGAACACUUUCACACUACGCUACUCCUAAACUUUUGUCCGCUAUAUUUAGAUUUAGGGCCCAGUUCCCCCAGGAGCCUCUCAGUGGUCCUUGGCGUGACCAGGAAGCCUUGGAGGACGGUUGCAGUUUCUUCUGUGGCAGCUGCUGCUUUGGCCAGUGCUGGGUCAGAGCUGUUCCAAGCAAACCAGAAGAGCUGCUCCUCAGCAAGGCUGCAGCGCCUCUUGCUGCGGCGGUGGCAAACCGAGGAACCCGUUGCAGCAGCCGGUUUAUCAUGGGAGUAGCAAAAAGGUACUGGAGGCUUCCAGAGAAGGAGCAAGUGACAGCGCUGAUGGGAUCGAAAAGGAGUUCUCAGUAAGGGACCGAAGUGGCUGCUGGAAGCAAAUGGAUGCUGCAGUCUGCCUGAGGCUGCUUGUGAUGCGUGGUCACUAGCUGGGCUCAGUUCUUACGCUCAGACGAUGAACAGAGUUUGGAGUGUUUCUGUUAAGGGUAGAAAGCAGUUUGGAAAGCAGUUUUGGCAUCCUUUGUAGCAGGGGUAGCGUCGCACCCUUGGGUCAUAAUGGGCUAGCUGAGGAGAUCCGGUCAGGCUGGGAUAUAUCUAGAAUACUGAAAGAGACAAAGGGUGUGUCAUUGCCAAAAAUAUGAGUCCUGUCGUUGUCUUACCAUUGAUGCUGGGCUUGCUUCUUCCUGCUUCAUGCCCAAGAAGAGCAAUCUUCCUGAAAAGCUUCAUUGUAAGAAUCCAAUCUGUAUCUAAACCCUUUCCUCCUCGUGAGUCUGUAAAGCAGUGUUUCUCAACUUUGGCCACUUUAAGAUGUGUAGACUUCAACUCCCAGAAUUCCCCACACAGCAUGGCUGGCUGGGGGAUUCUGGAAGUUGGAGUCCACACAUCUUAAAAGUGGCCAAGGUUGAGAAACACUGCUGUAAAGGAUCCUCUUUUUUGUGUGUCAUUUUCUAAAAAUCAGCAUUAAGGUAUUAAUGCAAUUCUCUUGCGUUUGGUAAAAGUGCAGCAUUUUUUUUUCCAGUGGGAGCAGCAUCUGCUGAGGAUGGACGUCUGACAGUAUUUAAAUGCCUGCCAAAUGAACAGUCCAGUUGGUUUAUGUACAGAACUGUGGUGGAGCACAAGACUAAUGGAGGAAGACCUGUGUUUAUGGUAUAUAUAUAUAUAUGUAUGUAUAUAUGUAUUAAAAAAACACUAAAUUCUGCUUGUUGUCCUUGUCAAAAAAAGAGUUUCUGAGAAAUACAUUUUGUAUUAACCAGAGUACAGUUAAAGCUUGUCUUGAAUUUUGAAAUUAGAGCUGAUGGGGGGGCACAGGGAGUAUAAUUUAGAAAUUUUGUUACAUUUGGUAUGUGGAGAAUAUUUCCAAGUUUAUACCCUCACUGAUAAAAUUUUAUUUUAUAACAUUAAUGUAACAUAAUGUGAGGCUUUAUUUUUUUACAUGUCUGCAGGUGAGAUGGGGCUUUUCUGUCUUUCUAAGCAGAUUUCCAUUAUCUAUACACAAGGGUCAGCUCUUGGGGACACAGGGAAGUUGCAGUUUUCUUCCUAGGACUCUCUUCCUUGGGGACCAAGGUUCCCCCCCCCAAUUUAUGGGGUGGGGGCAAACAGAUCACAUAGUUCUCUCUGCUGAAAAGUUACCUGUUCUGCUCCUUUCUCUUGAUCAACGCAUCAAAACCUUGAAUGUUGACUCUUUUUUUUUCUUCUUGUUCAAGAACAGAGGUUUGAAGGUAUCAUCCACCUGUGUCCUUUUAAGCAAGAUCCUGACUUCUCUCCCCCUCUCCCCCAUCUCCAAUUCCAGUAGUAUUUGGUGGUGUUAAACAAUCUAAGCAUCCAUUGUUUGUGUUGGAAGAGUUGUUCUCAAUCAGGCCCCUUCAGGCAUGUUGGGGCCCCAACUCCCAUAAUUAUUAGGGAGCUGCAACUACAACACUUGGGGGCAGUGUUUCUCACCCGUGGCCACUUUAAGAUAUGUGGACUUCAGUUCCCAGAAUUCCCCAGCCAGCAUGCUGGGAGUUGAAAUCCAGACAUCUUAAAAGUGGCCAAGGUUGAGAAACAGUGCUUUGGGGAAAGGACCAGAUUGGAGAAGGUUGAGGUAGGGACAGUAGGGCAUCCUGGAAAAUUGGUCCUCGUGAGUGCUGGGCUGUGAGAAGCAGACCAGCAUUUCUAAGAGUGAAGGCCUACCCUCCUUGUGUGUUACGAUAUUUGCAAACCUCCAGCAAGCAGGUGGUGAGCAAAUCUACCUGCAAGUGUGACUUUGCUGCCUUCCCCCUUCCAUGAAGGCAAUUCAUUCUCUUUAAGGUGGCAAUAUUACAAGGUUGCACCUUCCAGGGUGCCCUACUGUCCCUAAACUCCCAAGCCUGUUCUGAGCUAUGUGGACAAGGGAGGGUGCAGUGUUUCUCUGUUUUUUUGCAAGUGCAACAUUUCCCUGCUUCAAACCCAAUUCCUUUCUUUUAAUUUGGAAAGCCCAGGAGCCCCUGCUCUUUGGUUCUGUCUCAUCACCUAAGUUGCCUCUAAUUUUAUGCCCGUGUGGAAAGAGGGAAACUUUUUUUCAGUGAUAAAAGCUCAGGUUUUUUACUAAUAAUGUGCCAGGAGGUGGUUUUCUUGAAGAUCAGUUUAAUUCUCCCCACCACCACCACCUUGAACCAACCACAUCUCUCCCACUUGUUGAUGGCUCAGGCGAAAGGAAGGGCUCUGACAGCUUUUUCCAAGAGAAAAAAGUUUCCGUGGGUCAGACAAGCCCUUUUUCAUUUCUUGGGGAAACUUACUCAUCCUUCCACACCUGGGAGUAAGUAUGGUUCUCAGUACUUGUAAUGUGAUUUUGAAUGGAUGAAGGCUUUCUUGAGAUACCAAAAAAUGUAUCCGUGAAGCAAAUGGCUCCAUUGCAUCCCCACUCCCAGGAAAGGUUUCUGUCACUUGAUUUUCAGGAGGAAUCAAGGAGAAGUAGGGAGAGAAAUCUAUACACUUGGAAGAGGAAUAUUUCUACCAAGGCAGCUCUUUAAGGGAAAUAUCGGAGUGGGCUCUAGUCCAGAAUGAGAUGAAACUCUUUCAGGAAAUAAUUACUUUGCUGCUCAAUUAGAUUUUCUGAUUCAAAACAAAACCACAAAAACUUAAAAAGAUUUUUUUUGCAGGUUAGUGUCUCCUGAUCUGUAUGAACAAAAUUUGGUCAAAAUAGAUUAAACAUUUGCUUGGAUUCUUUCAAUACUGAUUAAACAUGACCUAGUAAAAUUAGUCUGAAGAAGAUGAAGUAUUCCGUUUCCAUUUUUAAAAAAAUGUAUUAAGCAUGGCCUAAAUAUUCAAUGUGUGUUCUGUCUCGUAUGUUUGAUCUGACAAAUUUUUGAUGUGCUUUGAACUCCAGAACAUCUCCAUCUCAAUUGGAGUCAUUCCAUUUUUUAUUUGUUUUGGUUCAACAUAGGACUGUGACAUUCUGAGAUUGAAAUUCAAUUUUGCUAACGGAAUUAAAACCAUGUAAAUAUUGUAAGAAUGUUUAUUUGUUGCACAUAACUUUUUUGGUAUAAAAAUAAACGUAGAAAUUAUCUGUG